GGUCAAAGUCUUACAGUCGCAGGAACAUCCAGAAGAAUCAUGGGUGAAAGAACACAACAAACAGACACUUAUGAGCAAACAGAAUCCAAAUCAGCAGGUUUCUGUUCUAAACUCCAGCGCUGCCCAAAACCACACGGAUUUAUUGCCUCAGUCAUUACAAAAGGUGUGUUGCGGCUGCUGUUGUUCGGGGUGGUGUGGGCUGUGACGGGUCCAGCAUGUUUACCGGGUCAGAAUCUCUUUGGGUUGGUGGUUCUGUUCCUGUCUGCUGUGUGUGGAGGAGAACUCAUCAGUGUGUUCAGACGAAACAACACUCCUGCAAUACCUCCACUACUGGGUAUGCUGCUGGCAGGUGUUGUGUUGCGGAAUGUUCCGUACAUCACAGACAGUGUGUUUAUCGAUCAGAAAUGGUCUUCAGCUCUUAGAAACAUCGCACUCACUGUGAUCCUGACCAGAGCUGGACUGGGACUCAACGCUGCUGCCCUGCGGCGUUUGAAGUCUGUGUGUAUGAGGGUUGCUGUGGGACCGUGUAUUGUGGAGGCCUGUACAGUGGCUUUAGUGGGUCAUUUUUUGCUGGACUUUCCCUGGAUAUGGGCCUUCAUGCUUGGUUUUGUUUUAGCAGCUGUCUCUCCAGCUGUAGUCGUUCCAUCGAUGUUGUUGCUUCAGUCUGACGGUUUCGGCGUUCAGAAAGGAAUUCCCACACUGCUCAUGGCCGCCGGGAGUUUUGAUGAUAUUCUGGCAAUCACUGGAUUCACAACCUGCCUGGGCGUGGCCUUCGGGACAGGCUCGACGUGGAUGAAUGUUGUUAAAGGAGUUCUGGAGGUGCUGAUAGGAGUUGUUGCAGGAGCCGCUGGAGGAGUUCUGAUGCACUUCAUCCCCAGUGAGGAGCAGUCAGAUGUGGUGCUGCAGCGUGUGUGUGUACUGUUGGGUCUGUGUGUGUUCAGUGUGUUCGGGGGUCACGCCGCUGGUCUCGGGGGGGCUGGUGGUCUCUGUACACUCGUCAUGUCCUUCAUCGCUGGAAUCAGCUGGUCUGAACAGAAGGCUCCAGUGGCUGCAGUGGUGGGCAGGAUAUGGAAUGUGUUUCAGCCGCUCUUGUUUGGUUUGAUCGGAGCAGAAAUCAACAUUUCGUCUCUCAGUGUUUACACCGUUGGAUUGGGUGUGGCAACUCUGUGUGUGGGGUUGUUGGUUCGAGUGUUGGUGACGUUCACAGUUGUUCUGUAUGCUGGUUUUAAUCUGAAGGAGAAGAUCUUUAUAUCUCUGGCUUGGAUGCCUAAAGCCACCGUACAAGCGGCUCUAGGCUCGACAGCGUUGGAUAUGGCUCGUAGUGCUGGAGACAAGCAGAUGCAGUAUUAUGGGAUGGAUGUGUUGACGGUGGCAGUUCUGGCGAUUCUAAUCACGGCGCCGAUUGGAGCGCUCGCUAUGAGCCUUACCGGACCCAGACUACUGCAGCAACACACACCCAUACAACACACACAGGAUCAGUCUGCGUGUGUGAGCACUCGUGAAGUUGACGGGCUGGAGACCAAACUCUGAAACACAAACAUCUCAGUAUUUACUCUAAAAUACAGCUUACACAUACAUCCACAUGUGUUUAAAACUGACGAGAUGUUCAGUACAAUAA